AUGGCCGUGAUCAAUGAAUCCGAGGUUUUAAUCGCUCCCAAAACGAGUCCUAAAACUGCUGUCAAAACAGUGUUCAAAGAGAAAGACGUUGUAAAACAUGAGUCGCGAGACAGUGAUAUCGGUGUCCAAGAAGUAGGUCUUGAAUGUAAUGUCAAUUUGGUAUCGAAUGAAGGGAUAAUCGACGGAACCGCUGAUGAAAGCGAUGACAACGUAAACCCUGUCGUCGAUGAAACACAAAACGAUUGCGAUUUGAAUACAAGAACUGAUGAUAAAAGUGAUACCGAAAGUGGCGGUCAAUCGGGCGAUGAUUACUGUAACGAUUCCAGUGAUGAUGACUAUCAGCCAAAGAAUACGUUUGCCGAGCAUUACAUGCAAUCGUCAAUUAAUUGUAAAAUUGAUUAUAAGUUUCGUCAAGAAAUCAAUGCUUUAAAACACUUGAAGGAAAGUUUGGUUUCAGUAAAUCAGUUAAAUGUCGACAACUAUUCAAACGUGAUCACUGAAUCCGAGGUUUUAAUUGCUCCCAAAACGAGUCCUAAAACUACUGCCAAAACAGUGUCCAAAGAGAAAGACAUUGUAAAACAUGAGCCGCGAGGCAGUGAUAUCGGUGUCCAAGAAGUAGGUCUUGAAUGUAAUGUCAAUUUGGUAUCGAAUGAAGUGGUAAUCGACGAAACCGUUGAUGAAAGUGAUGACAACGUAAACUUUGUCGUCGAUGAAACACAAGAUGAUUGCGAUUCGAAUACAAGAACUGAUGAUAAAAGUGAUACCGAAAGUGGCGGUCAAUCGGGCGAUGAUUACUGUAACGAUUCCAGUGAUGAUGACUAUCAGCCAAAGAAUACGUUUGCCGAGCAUUACAUGCAAUCGAUAGCCAAACACAGACCGCCGCCGACGGGAGGAAAGUUCGUGUGCGAUGUCGAGGGCUGUGAGAAGUCAUAUAAAACUAAAAGGGCUCUCAAUCAACACCGAAUGGCUCACUUCGGCAAACGGUUCUACUGUUCCUAUGAAGACUGCAAUAAACACUUGGGCACUGAAUCAAUGAUGAUUCAGCACAGGAUAAAGGGUCCACACGUAUUGGGCGGCCGGCCGUAUGUGUGCGGUAUUAAGCGCUGCGUCUAUGAGACACGCGUUAAGGAGGAGUUGGAGUCGCAUAUAAUGACCAUUCAUUACGAUCAUCAGCGAACUGUUCAUCCCGUGGUUUGCGAUGAAUGCGGACAACAUUUUAACCGCAAAGAGUUUUUGGCGAUACAUAUGCGCGAAGACCACUCCCCAGACGGGCGGUUCAAAUGCGAACAAUGCGAUCGCACUUUCGGUAAGAAGAAAGGCCUACGACUGCAUCGCGAGAACGAGAGGUGUCGCGUAUAUCGGUGCCAAUGGCUGGGAUGUCGGUUCCGGACGCCCUAUAAGAUACUGUUGUAUUAUUCGCACGUAAACACUCACUCCAAGGGGCGACCGAAGGCCAAACAGGACUCCAACCCACGCGCCGAUGACACCAAAGAGCCGAAGCGCACGCAUAGGUGUGAAGUGGAGGGCUGUGGAAGCGCUUACAAAACGGAAGCGGCGCUGAAAAUACACAGCUGUCGUAAACACGGCAACCAAUACGCGUGCGAUUGGCCCGGAUGUGACUUCAGGACUGGAAGUCGCUAUACACUGGACAACCACGUGAAGGUUAAGCACACCGACGAACGACUGUUUCCGUGCGCUCUCGACGGCUGCCAAUUGAGUUGUCGCCAUAAGACUCACCUCCUCGUGCAUCAGCUCCGCGCACAUCCCGACCACUUCCCCGAUAAGCCGUGGUUUAAAUGCGAAGAAACCGACUGUGAGUUUCGCACGAAAUGCAAGUACGCGAUCGACAAACACGUGAAAGACCACAACAAGUCUUACGAGUGCGACAUUUGUGGCAAAGUUUUGAAAAGAGAGCACCGAUUUGUUAUGCACAGACGCGCCCACACGCAGUCCAUACGGUGCUCGUGGCCCGGGUGUGAGACAGUGGUGGCCAGUGAGGACACUAUGAGGGAUCACUAUAACACACAUACAAAAGCUAUAGUAUACCGGUGUUUGUUUCCCGGAUGUGAGAAGACAUUCCUUCAGCGCACCGCUUAUUUCCAUCACAAAAGCAAUCAUAAGAGCGAUCGUCCGCGACAUCGAUGCCAUUGGCCUGAAUGUGAUUACGAGACCUCUAAUCGGGAGUUACUUAAGCGACAUAUCGAUAGACAUAACGGCGUGGAGACAGUCGUCAAGAAGAGGAAGAGAAGUCCACCCAAACAACAAAAAGAGCUAAAAAGUCCAAAAAAUAAUUUCCAACCAAUGGACAAAUACAAAGGCAAUUACCGGUCAAUUGAUGAGAGAUCUAAUUUUCGUCAAGAAAUCAAUGCUUUAAAACACUUGAAGGAAAGUUUGGUUUCAGUAAAUCAGUUAAAUGUCGACAACUAUUCAAACGUGAUCAAUGAAUCCGAGGUUUUAAUCGCUCCCAAAACUACUGCCAAAACGGUGUCUAAAGAGAAAGACAUCGACAAACAUGAGCCGCAAGACAGUGAUAUCGGUGUCCAAGAAGUAGGUCUUGAAUGUGAUGUCAAUUUUGUAUCGAAUGAAGUGGUAAUCGACGGAACCGUUGAUGAAAGCGAUGAUAACGUAAACCUUGUUGUCGAUGAAACACAAAACGAUUGCGAUUUGAAUACAAGAACUGAUGAUAAAAGUGAUAUCGAAAGUGGCGGUCAAUCGGGCGAUGAUAACUGUAACGACUCCAGUGAUGAUGACUAUCAGCCAAAGAAUACGUUUGCCGAGCAUUACAUGCAAUCGAUGGCCAAUCACAGACCGCCGCCGACGGGAGGACAGUUCGCGUGCGAUGUCGAGGGCUGUGAGAAGUCAUACAAAACUAAAAGGCAACUCAAUCACCACCGAAUGGCACACUUCGGCAAACGGUUCUACUGUUCUUAUGAAGACUGUAAUAAACACUUAGGCUCUGAAUCCCCGAUGAUUCAGCACAGGAGAACGGGUCCACACGUGUUGGGCGGCCGGCCGUAUGUGUGCGGUAUUAAGCGCUGCGUCUAUGAGACACGCGUUAAGGAGGAGUUGGAGUCGCAUAUAAUGUCCAUUCAUUACGAUCAUCAGCGGACAGUUCAUCCCGUGGUUUGUGAUGAAUGCGGACAACAUUUUAAUCGAAAAGAGUUUUUGGCGAUACAUAUGCGCGAAGACCACUCCCCAGACGUGCGCUUCAAAUGCAAACAAUGCGAUCGAACUUUUAGAAAGAAGGAAAGCCUACGACUGCAUCGGCAGAACAAGAGGUGUCGCGUAUUUCGGUGCAAAUGGCCGGGAUGUAAGUUCAGGACGCCCUAUAAGAUACUGUUGUAUGGGUCGCACGAAAACACUCACUCCAAGGGGCGACCGAAGGCCAAACAGGACUCCAACCCACCCGCCGAUGACACCGAAGAGCCGAAGCGCACGCAUAGGUGUGAAGUGGAGGGCUGUCGACGCGUUUACAAAACGGAAGCGGCGCUGAAAAAGCACAGCAUUCAUAAACACGGCACUCAACACGCGUGCCAUUGGCCCGGAUGUGACUUCAGGACUGGACUUCGUUCUGUAGUGGACAAACACGUGAAGGUUAAUCACAGCGACGACCGACCGUUUCUGUGCGGUCUCGAUGGCUGCCAAUUGCGUUGCCUCCAAAAGUCUCUCCUCCUUAUCCAUCAGAUCCGCGGACAUCCCGACCACUUCCCCGAUAAGCCGUGGUUUAAAUGCGAUGAAACCAACUGUGAAUUUCGCACGAAAUGCAAGUAUAGGAUCGCCACUCACAUCAAAGGUCACACCAAACCCUUCGUGUGCGACAUUUGUGGCAAAGGGUUUCAAUCAAAGAAUCACUUAAUUAUACACAGACGCGCCCACACGGAGACCAUACGGUGCUCGUGGCCCGGGUGUGAGACAGUGGUGGCCAGUGAGGACACUAUGAGGGAUCACUAUAACACACAUACAAAGGCAAUAGUAUACGAGUGUCUGUUUCCCGGAUGUGAUAAGACAUUCCUUCAGCGCACCUCUUAUUUUCAUCACAAAAGCAAUCAUAAGAGCGAUCGUCCGCGACAUCGAUGCCAUUGGCCUGAAUGUGAUUACGAGACCUCUAAUCGGGAGUUACUUAAGAGACAUAUCGAUAGACAUAACGGCGUGGAGACAGUCGUCAAGAAGAGGAAGAGAAGUCCACCCAAAACAACAAAAAGAGCUAAAAAGUCCAAAAAAUAA